GAGGUGCUGGGGGAGGAUAAGCUCAUGGCCAUCCUGAAGGAGCGAGAGUUGAAGAUCUACUGGGGAACAGCCACCACGGGGAAGCCACACGUCGCCUACUUUGUGCCCAUGUCCAAGAUCGCAGACUUCCUGAAGGCCGGGUGUGAGGUGACGAUCCUCUUUGCUGACCUCCACGCUUACCUAGACAACAUGAAGGCCCCCUGGGAGCUGCUGGAGUUGCGCACUCGCUAUUACGAGAACGUGAUCAAGGCCAUGCUGGAGAGCAUUGGGGUGCCCCUGGAAAAGCUGAAGUUUGUCCGGGGCACUGACUACCAGCUCACCAAGGAGUACACGCUGGACGUGUACCGCCUCUCGUCCGUGGUGACGCAGCACGACGCGAAGAAGGCGGGAGCGGAGGUGGUGAAGCAGGUGGAGCACCCCUUGCUGAGCGGUUUGCUCUACCCAGGCCUGCAGGCGCUGGAUGAGGAGUACCUCAAGGUGGACGCACAGUUUGGAGGAGUUGAUCAGAGGAAGAUAUUUACCUUUGCAGAGAAGUACCUUCCUUCCCUGGGCUAUGCCAAGCGCGUCCAUUUGAUGAACCCAAUGGUUCCUGGUCUGACAGGCAGCAAAAUGAGCUCGUCAGAAGAGGACUCAAAGAUUGACCUUCUGGACCGCAAGGAAGAUGUGAAGAAGAAGCUGAAGAAGGCUUUCUGUGAGCCAGGGAACGUGGAGAACAACGGUGUCCUCUCCUUCAUCAAGCAUGUCCUCUUUCCCCUCAAGUCAGAGUUUGUGAUUCUACGAGAAGAAAAAUGGGGAGGAAACAAAACCUACACAGCCUAUGAGACCCUGGAGAAGGACUUUGCUGAGCAGGUCGUGCAUCCUGGAGACUUGAAGAACUCGGUGGAAGUGGCCCUGAACAAACUGCUUGACCCCAUCAGAGAGAAAUUCAACAGCCCAGAACUGAAAAAACUGACCAAUGCAGCGUAUCCCAACCCAUCCAAAGCCAAGCCUGCAGAGAAGGGCAUCAAGAACUCAGAGCCUGAGAACGUGGUCCCAUCCCGGCUGGACAUUCGCGUUGGCAAAGUGAUCAGUGUGGAAAAGCACCCAGAUGCCGACAGCCUGUACGUGGAGAAGAUCGAUGUGGGUGAGCCUGAGCCCCGCACUGUGGUCAGUGGCCUGGUGCAGUUUGUCCCCAAGGAGCAGUUGCAGGACAGGCUGGUGGUGCUGCUUUGCAACCUCAAGCCCCAGAAGAUGAGGGGUGUGGAGUCGCAGGGCAUGGUGCUGUGUGCCUCCAGCGCUGGGGAACCGCGGCAGGUGGAGCCCCUGGACCCCCCGGCCGGGUGUUGCGCUGGGGAGCGCGUCUACGUGGAGGGCUACGAGGGCGGGGAGCCCGAUGAUGAGCUCAAGCCGAAGAAGAAAGUCUUUGAGAAGCUGCAGGCUGACUUCUGCAUCUCUGAAGACUGUGUCGCCCAGUGGAAGCAGAGAAACUUCAUCACCAAGCUGGGGAGAGUCUCCUGUAAAAGCCUGAGGGGAGGGAGCAUCAGCUAACAAGCACCAGAGCCAUGGCUCGUGCCUCCUGCCUGGCCCCGUCCUCCACCCCAGCCAGGCUGUCCUUCCCAGUCCCUGCCAUCUCCUCCCCAGUGCCCCAAGCUGGGGGCUCAGCCCUGCAGGAACUGGGGGCUCUGGGACUGAAAUUUGCAGCUUUCCA